AUGGCCGUCAAAAAGCCCAUCAUUACCGCGAGACAAGCGCUGCAGUUUCGAUCGUCCAUCACCACGCAGGAAAACUUCCAGCUACAGAAUCCAGAUCGAAAGCCACCCGCGAAGGUACCUGGGGCCGUUUACCAGCUCACUUCGGGGACACUCUGGAGGAGAUCACCGCCGCCGUCAUCCAACUCGCGGAGUGUGCCGAUUUUGAGAUCCGACGCUUGA